CAGACCCUGCCGUUCCUGGUGGCCUAGCCACUAAGCCCGUGGCCUGCGUGCGUGCGCGGCCCCGCGGAGACGUGCGGGCACCCGCGCAGUCAGAAGCUGAGGUGGCAGCGGUACAGCCAACAUGGAACUGCCGCAGAUGCCGGAGAUGAUGGGGCUGUCGUUGUUGCUCGGGCUGCUGGCCCUGAUGGCUACGGCGGCGGUGGCGCGGGGGUGGCUGCGCGCGGAGGAGGAGAAGUGCGGCCGGCCUGCCCGCCAAAAAGCAAAUGGACUUCCACCUGACAAAUCCUCAGGGUCCAAGAAGCAGAAACAGCAGCGGAUUCGCAAAGAAAAGCCACAACAACACAAUUUCACCCACCGCCUCCUGGCUGCAGCUCUGAAGAGCCACGGCGGGAACAUAUCUUGCAUGGACUUUAGCAGCAAUGGCAAGUACCUGGCCACGUGUGCAGACGAUCGCACUGUUCGCAUCUGGAGCACCAAGGACUUUCUGCAGCGGGAACACCGCAGCAUGAGAGCCAGCGUGGAGCUGGACCACGCCACCUUGGUGCGCUUCAGCCCUGAUUGCAGAGCCUUCAUUGUCUGGCUGGCCAAUGGGGACACCCUCCGUGUUUUCAAGAUGACCAAGAGAGAGGAUGGGGGCUACACCUUCACAGCCACCCCAGAGGACUUUCCUAAAAAGCACAAGGCGUCCAUUAUCAACAUUGGCAUUGCCAACACAGGGAAGUUCAUCAUGACUGCCUCCAGUGACACAACCAUCCUCAUCUGGAGUCUGAAAGGCCAGGUGCUGUCUACCAUCAACACCAAUCAGAUGAACAAUACACAUGCUGCUGUUUCCCCUUGUAGCAGGUUUGUGGCCUCAUGUGGUUUCACCCCGGAUGUGAAGGUUUGGGAAGUCCGCUUUGGGAAGAAGGGGGACUUCCAGGAGGUAGUACGAGCCUUUGAGCUGAAGGGCCACUCUGCAGCUGUCCACUCUUUUGCUUUCUCCAAGGACUCUCGGAGGAUGGCCUCUGUCUCCAAGGAUGGGACGUGGAAACUGUGGGACACAGAUGUGGAAUAUAAGAAGCAGCAGGACCCCUACUUGCUGAGGACUGGCCGCUUCGAAGAGGCGAGCACCACGUUGUGCCGCCUGGCGCUCUCCCCUGAUGCCCAGGUCUUGGCCUUGGCCAGUGGCAGCAAUAUCCAUCUCUUCAACACCCGGCGGGGUGAGAAGGAGGAGUGCUUCGAGCAGGUCCAUGGGGAGGCGAUCACCGACUUGUCCUUUGACAUCACUGGCCAGUUUCUGGCUUCUUCUGGGGACCGGGCGGUGAGGAUCUUCCACAACACCCCUGGCCACCGGGCAGUGGUGGAGGAGACACAGGGCCUCCUGAAGCGAGCCUCCAAUGAGAGCACCCGCCAAAUGCUGCAGCAGAGGCUGACCCGGGCCCAGGAGGCCCUGAAGAGCCUUGGGCCCCAGAAGAAAUGAUUGGCAGGGCACUGCAGGAAGGACCUGCCACCUGCUCCCACCACUGCUGCCACCUUUCUCCCCAGCUGGAAGCCUUUUGAAAAGAGCCUCCUAAUUUUUUACUGAUGGCCCCUCUUUUCUCUUUCCCCAUUGAAACUCUUAUCUACUUCAGUCUCUUUGUCCUUGUUGAUUGUGCUUUCUCCUAGCCCAAGGACCAAAGUGCUUCUCUUUCCUGGGCCCUAAUGGGUGGACUCUUACCUUCCCUCCCAGCACUGAGGAAGGUGGUAGAGAGGAGAGAGAACAUACAUGGUUUUUGAUCUUGUGAAACAUACCCUAACACUUCUGGAAGUUUGUCAUUGUGAAGAUAAAACCCAGGGAGCAUCUGAACACUAAGCAGAGAUUUUACAAGUGUGGGAGAUGGGGAAAUCUUCCAGUGACAGAAUCGUGUGUGGAGUCAGGGGAAGGCUGGGCUCCACACGGAUUCACUAAGGGAUUUCUUUCUGGACCUCAGUUUUUUUAUUUGUAAAAUGGAGUAGUCUUUUCUGGGACCUCCUUGAAAAGAUGUAAGGCUAAGGAAGAUGGUCCCUGCCAUCAAAGACAGCUGGUGGGAGGGGUACAGGCACGCCUAUGAAAUGCUUUUUGUUAGUUUAGUCAUAGUUACAGCAGACUGUUGUAAAAGCAAAGCAGGAGAAAGGCGUGAACCAAGACAGAAUCAGUAGGUAUCAAGUUGAAGGGAUAGUUUCAAAAAGAGAUGAACUAUUUCGAAGUUUGAAUUUUUAUAUUUGAGGACUGCUUGGAUAUAAGAUGUAAGGGCAAUAAGGAAUCUAGGUGAUUUGACUCUAAGCAAAAUUUAUUCAUCCAAAGUCAGUCUUAUUUUCUCAUGAAAACUGGGACCUUCCCUG